AAUGUGAAAGGAAAGGCUUUAGGGAGCUCUCUGGUGACAGGUGCAGUCAGGGUGGCAGAGUGUGUGGUGGUGCCAGAGGGCGAUCAGUGAACCCUGCCUGCAGCAAGAUCACAGCUAAAGACUACAUCUGACCUCAAAGGAAAGGUCUUGGCUGUGAUUCCUGUAUUGCAGUCAUGGCACCAAAAAAGAAGAAUGUCAAGAAAAGUAAAUCAGAUAUUAAUGAGAUGACAAUCAUCGUUGAAGACGGUCCUUUGAGUAAACUAAAUGGGCUUAGUGGCUUAAUUGAUGGAGGAAAUGGCUUUAGUUACAUCUCUACAGAGGUUUCUGACUCAUCAUAUGGAUCUAAUCUCAUGGAAGGGUUAAGCAGAAUGAGACAAGACAGUUUCCUGUGUGAUCUUACCAUUGGUACCAAAACAAAAUCAUUCAUGGCCCACAAGGUUGUGAUGGCAUCCUGCAGUGAAUACUUCUACAACAUUCUGAAGAAAGAUCCUUCCACUCAGCAAGUUGAUCUGAAUGAUAUAUCUCCUCUAGGUCUAGCUACAGUAAUAACCUAUGCCUACACUGGCAAAAUUACUCUGUCUUUGUACACAAUCGGUAGUACUAUAUCUUCAGCCGUCUUCCUUCAGAUAAAUGCCCUUGUGAACAUGUGCUGUAACUUUUUGAUGCAAGAAAUUAAUGUUGAAAACUGCAUGUAUGUUGCUAAUAUUGCAGAAACCUAUGGACUUAAAAGUACAAAAGAAGCUGCACAAAAAUUCAUUAGAGACAACUUCAUUGAGUUCUCUGAAACCGAUCAGUUCCUAAAGCUUACAUUUGAUCAAAUAAAUGAACUUCUUAUAGAUGAUGAGUUGCAGUUACCAUCUGAAAUUGUUGCCUUCCAGAUUGCAAUAAAAUGGUUAGAUCACGAUGAAAAGAGAAUCAAGUAUGCCUCAAGUCUUAUAGGCAAUAUUAGAUUUGGCACAAUAUCAGCUCAAGACUUGGUUAACUAUGUCCAAUCAGUGCCAAGAAUGAUGCAAGAUACAGAAUGCCAUAGGCUUCUGGUUGAAGCCAUGAAUUACCAUCUGCUUCCCUAUCAUCAAAACACCUUACAAUCAAGAAGAACAAAAAUACGUGGAGGAACAAGAGUUCUUGUAACUGUAGGUGGCCGACCAGCAUUGACAGAAAAAUCUCUUAGCAGGGAGAUUUUGCACAGGGAUCCUGAGAAUGGAUGGAAAAGGCUCACUGAGCUGCCAGCUAAGAGUUUUAAUCAGUGCGUCACAGUGAUGGAUGGAUUUCUCUACAUUGCUGGUGGUGAAGACCAGAAUGAUGCCAGGAACCAAGCAAAACAUGCAGUCAGCAAUUUCUGCAGAUAUGAUCCACGUUUUAACGCAUGGAUUCACCUUGCAAACAUGACUCAGAAGCGUACUCAUUUUAGCUUGAAUGUUUUCAACGGUCUCCUUUAUGCAAUUGGUGGUCGCAAUUCUGAAGGUUCCCUAGCUUCACUUGAGUGUUAUGUGCCUUCAACUAACCAGUGGCAGUUAAAGGCACCACUGGAGGUUGCAAGGUGCUGCCAUUCCAGCUCUCUCAUUGAUGGUAAGCUCUUGGUCGUAGGUGGAUACAUUAAUAAUGCAUACUCUCGCUCUGUUUGUAUGUAUGACCCAAGUAAUGAUAGCUGGCAUGAUAAGGCAAGUCUGAGUACACCAAGAGGAUGGCAUUGCUCUGUUACACUUGGUGACAGAGUGUAUGUGAUGGGUGGCAGUCAACUUGGUGGCCGUGGUGAGAGAGUUGACGUCCUUCCUGUUGAAUGCUUUAAUCCUCACACUGGCCAGUGGAGCUAUGUUGCCCCUCUGCAGAAUGGAGUGAGCACUGCGGGUGCUUCCACACUACAUGGCAAAAUCUAUUUGGUGGGCGGCUGGAAUGAAGUGGAAAAGAAGUACAAGAAAUGUAUUCAGGCCUACAACCCUGAUCUUAAUGAAUGGACUGAUGAAGAUGAAUUACCAGAGGCAACAGUAGGAGUAUCUUGCUGUACAAUCACCAUGCCAAAUUUGAAAACACGGGAGUCCAGAGCAAGCUCGGUUUCUUCAGUGCCUGUCAGUAUAUAAGUGUUUUCUACUGACAGUGAUACAUUAAAAGAAUCCAAUGCUUCUACUAUAGCACAUUGCUUCUCAGGCAUCAGGCCAAUGUAAAAAAAAAAAAAAAGAAAAAAAAGUUGUAAUUUUACUACCUGAUAAGUUGUCUCAGCUGACCCAUUUAUAUUAUUUGGUGCAUGGAAUGUCAAAUGGAACAUGAUGUAGACGAAACACUAUUUGUAUGUGAAAGGAACUAUUCAAUUAUUCAUCAGACAAUGUAUCCAUCAACUUUAAUAUUGCUUUGGAAAUUGGAGGUUGAUGCAUGGCAUUAUAAUAAUUUGCCCAUAAGGCAUUGUAGCAAGCCUUUUCUAUUUACAAUGAAGAUUACAGACAUGGAAUAAAUAAGUUAAACCAAUAUUUCAUGAUAAUGCAACUGCUAGUUAGAUCAAGGUUAAUAAGAUGGUGUAAGCCAUUUUGGGGCAUGAAAAGUGAUUGUUGUUUUUGUACAUUAGUAUCGUUGGUGUAUGACAUGAAAUGAAUGUUUUCUGGAUGAUUUUAUGUGUUAACAAUAAUCUUAAAAUGAAAGGGCAUUUUAAAUAUUAGUGGCUUAAAGGACAUUGGAUUUCUAGGUGUAUAAUACUAAUAAAAAGGAGUAUUGUAGUGAAAAGAUUAUAUUAUUGUAGUGUAACUACACAGAAGGAAAUUGCCCUUAACUUUUGUAUAAAAUAUUAAUCUAUUGUGAUGUAAUAACCAAGUUGGAAGAUGAUUUUUAGCCAUAUUUAUGUUGCUUAUUACAUCAUUUUAGUACUUUUAUUCCACUAAUUAGAAUUUUUGGAGCUUGAUGCAACCAUAAAUUAUAGGCAGCUAAUUAUAAUCAAUGUCCAAACCUCAAUGGUGUCAAGCCUAUGGAGUCAAAGCACAAUCUUUCACAACUCCAUACUAUACUUACCGAGGUUCAGGUACACAGAUACUGUAUAUGGAGAGUAUCCUUCACACACUUUAAUGCUGCAAUCAUCCCCUGGCCUAUAGCCCCUGUUGUCACUACCUAUUUUAUUUCCUAGAUCUAAAGGGUCAAAUACUAAUAUAUAGGUUUUACCGUAACAACCCCUCCCCAGAGCCAAUGCAUUCACUAGUGACCUAUAAGUUCACUCCAUGACAAAAGCAGUUCUAGGGUGUGAAGACUGCACCAAACAUCUCCCCAUAUUACAGCUCUCUGGACACUUGUGACUUUGACUUCAGUGGAAUGGGAUAUUGUUAUUGAAAGUUAUUGCUCACUGUAUUGCAAGCAUGUGAAAAGCUACAUGUGGAAAACUUAGGAGGUGCUUGAGUUUACGUGCUUGAGUGGGGCCACACAACAGUUUACUGCACAGCAAGAGGCCAGGGAGCCACUGUGCAGGAAAUCAGAGGGAUGCAGUACAACAUUAGAGCUGUGGCCCCUUCAUUCUCAGGAUCGGUGAGGGUCUGUUCUAGUAUUAUUCCAUCACUUUAGAACAUUUGGAAAAUUUGCUUUGUUUUUUUUAGGACUUAACCUUUAUGUUAAUUAUGUAAUAAACAAUUAGUCACUGAGUAAAAAUGAAUAAAUACUUCUGUAAGCUUCAUGGUAAAUAAAACUGUCAUUGCUUGCAUUGCUUUUCCAAAUUUAAUGAAACAACCGAUGAUUUGCAAAGCAAUAUAUUUGCUGGUAUGUACUUAAAAAAGAAAGAUAGAAACAUGUACUCAUAAUGCAGACAUUACAUUCUCAGGACUUUGGUUUCAGUGCUUAAUAGAAUUGCAAACAGGCUGAAAACGUAAUAAAAUUUGUACUUGGCUAUGCAGUUUUCAUAAAGUACACCGAUGAAAGGUGGUAAUGUAACAUAAAAAUUAUAAAUUGAAAUCCCCAAAACAGCUUACAAGAUCAUGAAAAUACAGAAUGCAAUUUCAAUGUUAUGAUAAACACGGUGACAAAUGUACCAAAAAACUGAAUAUUUAUUAUUUUUCACUAUAUAUCACAUAAAUUGGCUGUGAAAAAUGGUUCUACAGAAUCCUUACCAAGAAGAAAAGCAGAUGUUUCUGCAUAUUACAUGCUUUCACUAAAGGUAAAACAAGAAAACAGAGGUUUAAUCUUGAGGUUUGCUUUUUUUUUUUAUUCAUAAUUUAAGGGCAUAUUAACACAACCACAUUUUCAGCCCAGGCUACAUUUAUGUAUUUAUAUAUUUAUUUAUUUUAAAUAAAAAUAGUUCUCGAAGGGCAGGUUUUCCUACUUUCCUUUAGUCAACUUUUUUCUUAUUUUUGGAAAGAAAUAUGCAGAUGUAACAUGGAUUGAAAACAUAGCUAUGUAAAUAUGCCUUUAAGGACACAUUUGGCCUUGCCUGAUGCAGUUUUUUUGUGUUAAGUAGCUAUUUAUUAAACAUACAAACUAAAGUAUCCCACAUCAAUGUGAACAAUAUCCACUUACUUUGAUGGUACCAAUCCCGAAAGGGGUUUUCCUACCAAUAACAUUUAUCAACUAUCGACAGUUAGUCGGUGCUAAAUGUCAGGUUGCAGGGGGCCUUACUUCUUGGAACCCCACCAGUCACUAGUAUGGGGCAUUCCAGUUGCCUGUUCCUAGUUACCAGCACAGGAGUUGUAACAAGUGGCACUUGAGUAUGCUCACUACAGCUCCACACAAAUGUAUAGAAAAAAUACCCUUACACAGCAUUUUCCUAAAAUUAGAACAUUUCUUGGAAAUGUAAUUCCAGAGUCAUCCAAAUAAAAUUUUCAUUCAGAGGCAUCAGAGGUAUUUUGAUUGCUACAGAGGGAACAGAUGUUGAAUCACAACCACUUCAUUUUCCACAGCCCCUUAAUGGGCAUAAUAUGACUGUACAUGACAAUGAAAAGCCUAUAGGCACUGCGAUAUGUUACACUAAUGGUUGUUACUAGGGAUGCGCGAAUAGACUUUGGAUGAAACAUCCAAUGUCGAUUUGCAUAGAGUGAGCGAUCCGUACAGUAUUAGAAUGAGCCAAAGUUAUUACUUUGCGAAGUUUCACAGGACUUUGUGUAAUAACUUCAUAAAUUAAUUUCUACUGUUAAGAACCCUUUACUGAAAUCGAUUUCAGUUCCAAGUGGUACCUUGGAACCGAACCAGAGUUCAGUAAAUGUUUUUUUACAGUAGAAAUACAUUUCUGAAGUUAUUACCCGAAGUCUAGCGAGACUUCACAAAGUAAUAACUUCCGCUCAUAGGAGCCAAUACAGUCUAAUACUGUACUGAGCGCUAGCUCCGUACCGUAUUCUAACAAAGUUUUACGAAAUUCGACUUUGGAUGUUUGGUCCUAAGUCGAUUAGUUCAUCCCUAGUUACCCAGCAUCUAUUACCUGUCUAGGAGUCUAAGAUAACGCAUACAUAACUAUGAAGUAUAUGAGGAAACUAUACAAGAGAAUAAUUUUUUCAAUUCAGAGGUAUGCUCUUUAAGACUCAUAUAUAUACACGUACAAUCAUUGGAAUAAACCAAAACAGUCAUUUUGUGCCAUAAACUCAGUUUCUUUAAUUCCCUGUUUGUAUUAAGCAUGUUUGAUUAGAGGGUCAAGGGAUGUAUUAACUUUCAGUAAUUGAAAUCAAUGUUCCUAUAAUGAACAUCUUAGGUUACAUUGGAAUUGGAUUACUUAAAGGGGUUUUUCCAGAAGUACAUAAUAAAUUAUCUAUCCUCAGUAUAGGUCAUCAAUAUUAGAUCGGUGUGGCGCUGACUCCCAGCACCCCUAUCGACCAUGUGUUUGAAGAGCCGCAGCACUCUGGUAAGUGAGGCUGACUUAUCCUAGGCCGGUGACGUCACAUUCAUCUGUAAUAAGGCCUAUGUGGAGCUGAGUCUCAUUAAAGUGAAUGGGCCUGGGCUGCAAUAUCAAGGACAACCACUAUAUAAUGCAUGGUGCUGUGCUUGGUAUGUUGUGAGGGGGCCGCGGCGCUCACCAUUGCGCUGCAGUCUCUUCAAACAACUGAUCGUGGCAAUGCUGAGUGUCCGACCCCCACUAUUCAGAUGAUAGUGAUCUGUUCUCAGGUAGGUUAUCAAUAUUGUACUCCUGGAAAACCCCUUUAAAGGAGUUGGGAAUAGAAAAGUGGUUAAGGAAGCAUUAAGCAGCCAUUCAUGGAUUGGGCUGUGUAACUAGUAGGAGAAGUAGGAACACUACCGAUGAGCAGAAGUGUUCACUCUCACCGACAUAGAUCUGUGUGACAACCUGAUCCUGUCCGCCCAUGCAGCACAUAGAGAGCAUUGCAUGGCUGCCCUAGCUAAAUGUCCAUAUCUGCAAUGUUAAAAUGCGUAUCAACUCUGUCCAUACUUUAAUGAUAAAGAAAAUUAAAUUCAUUCAGGGACUCUUGCCUACAAUGAAAUAUACAGAUUGGAACUGGUUAUUAGUGAUUGACAAGUGAAUCAAAUUGUUAUGUGUUCAAGUUUAUUAAUUGGGAGUUAAAGGGGUUGUCUCAUCAUGGACAAUGGGGGCAUAUCGCUAGGAUAUGCCCCUAUUGUCUUAUAGGUGCAGGUCCCGCCGCUGGGACCCGCACCUAUAUCGAGAACGGAGCCCCGCAAGUGAAGGAGGAGCAUAUCCUAGUGAUAGGCCCCCAUUGUCUAUCAUGAGACAACCCUGUUAAAGGAACAAAUCUUAUAGUAUAUAAAAGUUGACAUCACAAGGCUUCUUUCACGCUUAUAGUAAAUUGACUCUAAACACAAUAUAAUAAACAGUCUACACAUCUU